AUGGCUGCUAAUGCUACUGUAAGUUUUCAUGCAGGUGAUGUUCAGAAAUAUCUGAACUUAUUUAUAGGUGUUUUAACAGUAACUUUGGCUUUAUUCUCAUGGCUUCUUAUUUUGAAAGGAAGGAGUAUGUCUAAAAGACAAAAAGUGUGUUUUUGUGCAUUAUUAUUAACAGACACCUUGUUAGGUUUACAAGUUGUUAUUAUUCGUUUAAUACCAUUUGACUAUAAUAGUGAUCAUAUUAUAUGUUUUUUACGCUUGUAUUUGGGUCUUGUAUUAAAUGUUUUAACAUGUUUAAGUUCUGUGUUGAUGACAGCAGAGAGAUUUUUUGUGAUGUAUAAACCUUUGACGUUCAAUCGGCAUAUAACAUGGCAAAGACUAGCUUACUGCAUUGUUAUGUUUUGGAUUUUUGCAGUUUGUCUCAUUUUUGGAUUAUUUCAUAAAGGAUUUGGUGGUCAAGCUGUGUGUCAGUUUUGGACGUGUGGGGAUAUUAAUGGAUACAUUGUUGUAUCAGUGUUGGAUUUGACAUGCUACAUUAUUGUACUAUGUAUGUAUGCAUACAUCGUCAAAGUAACAAGACGCCAUUUUAGAAUGAUAGCUGCCACUAUGAUUGGAGAUGUUGUAGCAGAAAAUGUUCACAAAUUAACUAAAAAAGGACAUAGAACCAAUAUAACUGUAGGAAUAAUAAUUUUUGCAUUUGGUAUUUCGUACAUACCCAUGAAUUCAUAUUCAUUUUAUUAUGCGCUGGCCUUUACUCAGGAAGAACGCAUAAAUAUAGAGAGUACAAAUCAAACGUUUACUAUUCUUCUUGGACUAUUUUUAAUAAAUAGUUUAGUCAAUCCUAUUGUGUAUAUUUGGCGCUUAAAAAGAUGUCGACAAGAAAUAGUUAAUUGGCUUCUAUGUAGACUAGUGACUAUAGAUGAAACAACAACAACACAGCUUGAAUCUUAA